AUGAUCGGUGCCGCGAGGCGCUGGUUCCGGCGCAAUCGCAAGGGUCUUGCGAUCGGGGCUGGUGUGCUGGGAGCUGGCUACCUGGCUGGGCAGUAUGUGUUGUCGAAGAUCUCUGAGGCGCGCGAGCGCAUGAGUAGCGACCGAAUUGCCCGUGAGAAUUUGCGGCGACGAUUCGAGCAGAACCAGACAGAUUGUACCUAUACCGUCCUUGCUUUGCUUCCCACUGCCACGGAUAAUAUUAUUGAAGCGCUCCCCGUCGAGGAGCUGACGAAGGAGCUUCAGAAGAAGCGGGCGGAGAGACUGGCCCGGUUGGGUGCUGGGGAUACAGCAGGCUCGGACAUGACUUCAGUGUCACCCAGCACGACCGAAGACGACCGGAAGAGUCUCUCGAGCUUCCAGAGUGAAGGCUAUCUCCACACCAGCCAGCUGGGCGAGUCGGUGAUUCCGGAAGCCCAAGCCCCGCCGAAACGGAACAAGACGCAGUUGUGGAACGAGGUUAAGAUCACCUCUAUCACACGAUCAUUCACCCUCAUCUAUACCCUCUCCCUGCUCACCAUCUUCACCCGCAUCCAACUCAAUCUCCUUGGCCGUCGCAACUACCUCUCCAGUGUCAUCUCGCUGGCUACUCCCCCGGCUGACUCGACGAUCAGCCUGGAGGAUCAUGAUGACGAACUGACUCAGACCCUCGGCGAUGACUUUGAGACAAACAGGCGAUACCUGGCUUUCAGCUGGUGGCUGCUGCACCGAGGCUGGAAGGAGCUGGUAGCACGAGUUCAACCUGCCGUGGAGGAGGUCUUCGGUCCUCUUAACCCUCGUGAAGAUAUCAGUCUCGCCAAGUUGUCGGAGUUGACCCUCCAGAUUCGCAGGAAGGUGGAAGGAAAUACCGAGGAAGAGCGACGUGCCAAGAAGUGGCUGUCUUGCUUGCUGCCCCCGACAGAGGAAGAGGAGUACGUUCUACGUGAAUCGGGUGUCGAAGGAGUUGCAGACCCAUCUUCCUCGCAAACUGCCUUGAAGCUGCGCCACCUUCUUGAUGAGACAGCCGACCUUAUCGAUUCACCGUCGUUCUCCUUUGUCCUCACUCUACUCAACAAUGAAGGAUUCUCCACCCUGGUCGACGCAAAGUGCGCCAGCGAGGCCUUCCAGGCACCUGACUCGGCUGCUACGACAGUGCCACAGUCAUUUGACUCCAUGGCCACUGUUGUCCCCGCCUCAUCUGAGCGCAAGACUAAGCUUGCUAACCUGCUGGCUGUGCUGGCCCGCCAGGCUCAUGUGAUUGGGAAUGGCACUCAUCCUCCCAAUGAGUAUCUGGUUGCAAUGGACCAGAAUGUUCGUGAAUUGGAGGCCUUCUCGGCUGUGAUUUAUAGCUCCAACUUUGAGCUUGAGCUCCUCGGUGCUAGCAAAUCUGUUGCAGCGGAGAAUGGAGACUCGCCCGAUUUUGAGCCUGUUUCUUCGUCAUUUGCCGACGUGAUGGUUGAGAAGGGCCCGGAGAGUCAGCUCAGCGAAGACAUCUCCCAGAGCGUCCCCGUACUAGUUGACAACGACGUGCAAGAAAUCAAGUCUGUCACUCCUGCUGAGCAGUCGGCAUCGGAGGUUGCUGCAGACUCGGCAUUCGAGCAGGCGUGGGGCAAGGCUGUAGAAGAUGGAAAGAGCUCUUCCGAGACUGAGGAACAGGCCGCCGCUUAG